AAGACGAGCCAGGUACAAACAGCAGCUGACAGACAGACUCCAGCGACUCCAGCAGACCACGGCCUCCAUCGCUGCAGCUUCAGCUCGUAGAAUGAGUUACUACUCGGAUCCAGUUUCCUUCUGUCAAGCUCUUCAACCGCCUGACUGUCUGGGUGUAAUGAGGACGAGUGGUGGGAUGACGGUGACUGUGGCUCCUCAUGUGCAGCCUCCUGCCGUGUGUCAUCCACAAAACCCAGCUCCGCUCAGACCCCUGUACGGCCAGCACGUCCCCCUGCAGGAGGUGCCCAACGGACCCGACUACAGCCCCAGCGAUCUGGAGUGUGCAGAUGUACCUUUAUUGACUCCAGGAAGUAAAGAAAUGAUGUCACAGGCUCUUUUGGCCACAUUCAGCGGCUUCACCAGGGAACAACAGCGGCUCUCCAUCCCAAAAGACCCCCGUGAGUGGACAGAGGCCCAUGUUAGAGAAUGGUUGACCUGGACAGUAAAUGAGUUCAGUCUGAAGAAUGUGGACUUCCAUAAGUUCAGCAUGGAUGGGGCCAAUCUCUGUGCGCUGGGGAAAGAGCGAUUCCUGGAUCUGGCUCCAGACUUUGUGGGUGACAUCCUCUGGGAGCAUUUAGAGAUGCUGCAGAAAGACCCGAAACAUUUCCCUGUUAAUGGUCUGACCUCCAGUUUCCAGGAAUCCCGCUACCCCUCCGAAUACUACUUCAACUAUGGCAUUGAGCAUCCUCAGUGUGUCCCUCCGUCAGAAUACUCCGAGCCGAGCUUCAUCACCGAGUCCUACCAGACCCUCCACCCGAUCAGCUCAGAAGACCUGCUGUCGCUCAAAUACGAGAGCGAGUAUCCCAACGUGAUACUGCGAGACACACCUCUCAAUCCACUGCAGGGAGACUACUUCUCAGUCAAACAGGAAGUUGUGUCACCUGACAACAUGUGUGUGGGCCGCAUCAGCAGAGGUAAGCUGGGAGGUCAAGAUUCGUUUGAGAGCAUUGACAGUUUCGAGAGCUGCGACAGACUGACGCAGUCCUGGAGCAGUCAGUCGUCAUUCAACAGCCUACAGAGAGUUCCCUCCUACGACAGCUUCGACUCGGAGGACUAUCCCACUGCACUGCACGGACACAAACCAAAGGGCACCUUCAAAGACUACGUACGAGAGCGCUCGGACCUCAGCAAGGACAAACCGGUCAUCCCGGCGGCUGCGCUCGCUGGCUACACAGGCAGCGGACCCAUCCAGCUCUGGCAGUUUCUGUUGGAGCUCUUGACAGACAAAUCCUGCCAGUCCUUCAUCAGCUGGACUGGAGACGGCUGGGAGUUCAAGCUUUCUGACCCUGACGAGGUGGCACGCAGAUGGGGCAAGAGGAAAAACAAGCCCAAGAUGAACUACGAGAAGUUGAGUCGCGGUUUGCGCUACUACUACGACAAAAACAUCAUCCACAAGACGUCGGGCAAGCGCUACGUCUACCGCUUUGUGUGUGACUUGAAAAGCCUGCUGGGAUACACUCCCGAAGAGCUGCACAACAUGUUAGACGUGAAGCCCGAUGCGGAUGAGUAAACUUCGGACUUCGGAAAUAAUAAAAUUUUUUAAAAAAGGCUGAAAAAGUCCCUGGAAAGAAAAUGGGGCGUCCAUUUUUGAGUCCAAUCACAUUCCAUCUUUACACUUAGUCGUUGGUCCAGUCUUGUUUUGAACUCACACGGGACAGCGUCAAAACAUUCACCAAAGUUUAGAAUCUGUAGACUUUGCGCGUCUGUAUUGUUUAUAGCUCUGCGGGAAGGGAAAACUCUAAGUUCAGGUAGAACUGCUGUUUUAACCCAGUAGCAUAAACACCGGGAAGGAACAGAGGACAAUAAGAUGGACAUUUCUUGGACUGAACGCUCCUGUUAUUAAACACGUUGCCAAAAUUAGAGACAAGAGGAAUAUCGCAGAAAUAUUUACGAUUGAGUUACUUACUGUUUCUGUCUCCUUGCAUAUACCCAACCACGAGGAAGAGUUCUCAGCCGGACCAAAAGAACAAAAAGUGUUUUAUGAUUAUUAUUAUUUUUUAUAUGGUUUCUUAAAGAUCUAUAUGUGUCAGUAUUAAUUUGUCAUAUUGCGAUGCUGUCUGGACAGAGAUUGCGCCGUUUUGUACGUUUUCAUUCGAAGGUUUAUUGAAGUCAAACUGUGCUUAGAUAGUCUCUCCGCUUCUUUUAAGGUCACCGUUAGUUAUGGUUUGCUCUUACCACAGUGUUCAUAAACGUUGUUUUUGAUCAUCAGAUCAAAAUAGAUACCAGAGUCUCGCCCUUUUCAGUUGAAAGAGACGUACCUCAGUCAAACUGAGAGUGUGAGUGAGAGACGCAAAUGAAAGCGGCCGUUGGCUUCUCAACGGUGACACGCUUGUGGUGAAAACGAGGUGUCGUUUUAUAACUUGUAUUAAGACAUCAGACAUUUCUUGCCUCGGUUUGUUUGUACGUGAACAGUUUUUCAUAAAGUUUUGCCUUAAUAUAGCACUUGCUGUGUUUUCUCAAGGUUGACUGAAACGUGUGGGCUGGUGACAACUGACAUGUCAAUCAAAUGGUUUGCUGGCAUUAUUACUGAACCGAAAGCCAUAAAGCGAUGCCUUUUGACCUUGAGCCAGACGUGGCCAGGUUAGCCAUGUUGGAAAAAGCAUGCAUCGGGAAUGGCAAAGUACGUAAGAUGGAUAUCGCAGCACAAACCAAGGAUCUGUUGGGCUGCGUUCGAUUUUCCGGAUGGUUUUUGAAAGUGUUACAGUUAGUGGCCGAUAUAAGGUUAAGACAGGAGAUCAUGCUGAUACUUUAGGCAGCUUUAAAGAUGGCUAACGAGAUCCAACAUGAGAGUACGUUUCACAACGGCUCGCAUUAAAGCAGUGGUUAUAUUACAGCAACUGCACAUGAAAAGUGUUACCAGUAUUUUCAGCUCCUUUAAAGACCGAGUGGCUUUGUGUUUUCUUCAGCCCAGCGUUUGACUGUGUGGGAAGGGUCUCGCACUCAAGCCCUUGUGGGAAAAGCCGAAGUAAAGAACGUUCUUCUAAGAAAACAAACCGUAUUGUUUACAGUGGCAGAACGCUACCCAUCCUGAUUGGUGUAGCUUUGGAAUUGUCUAUUUUUACAGAUAACAUUUCAUAAAAUGGCUAGAUUAAACAAUAAACUGGGAACACAUUCGUGAGAGCUCCGAAUAGAAGUCUUUAAUUCAGAGAUGAGCUGCUUUCAGUCGCAACCGUCCUGCCAUGAACAACAACCAAAAAAAAGUGCUACAUCACCUGAACAAGCAGCUUAUAGAGUCAGUCUCUGGAAUAACGAGAGUUUGUUAAAGCCACAAGCGAAAGCCAGCUGCAUGUUACAUGACUUUUUGUUUGAUAAGGUCCAAAUCAUAAUGCAGUCUUUGUCCUGAUUGUAAAAGUUGCAAAAGUGAUGCAUUUUAUGUGAAAACGAACACUUUUGUCAGAUACAUAAAUGCAUAUUCAUAUCGAUGAGUGUUUUUUUUUAUUUCCCCACAAUUUUGCCUUAUUUUGUAUGUUUUAUAUUUCUUUUCUUUUUUUUUUUAUGGGAAUUUUAAUGUAUUUAGUUCACAAGCAUUUUUAUAUUUUUCAAUAAUUUAUAUUUUAUAAACUUUGAAAUAUGAGAUGCAGACAGCUGGUGCUUUCGUGGAAAAAAAUAAAAAAAAUAAAAAAAAUAAAAAUAAGGUAGCACAGGACAAAAUGUAGCGAAGUUUCUUUUAUAUGAAAAAAAGAGAGAUAAAAAAAGUCAAAUUUACGGAUUUUAAAGACCUGUCUGCUUCUACAGUUCUGUAUAGAUAAGGCUGAUGCUGGCCCAUCAUUAUGUUCCGCUGGAGAGUUUUAUAAACAGUAGCUUCUAUUUCUUAUUGUACUUUAAAUUGUUAUGUUAUUAAAAUAUAUGUGGAGAAAAUGA